AUGGUGCGUUCCGGUCGCGCAACCGCGCUCGCGGCGCUCGCCUGCAGCGCGGUCUAUUCCGCGGCGGCGGCCUCGGAUGGAAUCUCGACGACGUCACCGCAGACCGACACGCCCGACUGGCUCGCAAACGAAAGCCUAUCGCUAACGCUCGUCAACUCGGCCACUCCGGGACUGCAAUAUCCGGUGCUGCCCUCGACCAGCAACAUGGGCUUGAACGAAUCAGCCAAUAUCGGCCGGACCAUGAACAUCCAGGGUGACAUUACUCUCGUGGACCAGAAUAACUACUACCAACUCUCUGGGCUGCGCCACAUAGCGUACCUGUGCUGCGAUAACGCCGACAAGCAAGACAAUUUCAACAUCAGCCCCAACAAGAUGCUCAAUCAGCUUAUGGGCGCAAACCUGUCCGCCAUCAUCCUCUACUCGGCCACUACAAACUGGUGUUCCUUUUCUCCAAACAAUGGGCCUUCGUACUCGAGCAUCGUCACCAUGGCGGACAAGGGCGACGCCGCCGACGUCCUCGCACACAUCACAGGAAAGCCGAGCAAUCAGACGCUAUUUGUAUCCAUCAAGGGCAACACAACCGCCACACCUGACCCGGCUGGAGAUGACCGCGGCCACUCGACUGUUGCCAUGAGCGUGCUCUAUAGCAUAACAGGUCUGAUCACGCUACUCUUCCUCGCCAUCAUCAUCACCGGCACUGUGCGCGCUCAUCGCCACCCUGAGCGAUACGGGCCUCACAACGGCUUCGGUCGCCGGCCCAGGCAGAGCCGCGCCAAGGGCAUCGCUCGUGCAGUACUGGAAACGCUACCCAUUGUGAAAUUCGGCAACGAUGACCACGCAAAACCCGACCCAGAACUGGAGCUAGAGCCAACUGUGACACAGAAUGGUGAGCAUGCAGCGAAUGCCGUUGCCGCGGGAGGGCUAGGCAGCGGAGCGCCAGAGAGUACUGCAAAGAAGGGGACGGCAAAGGAGAACGACGAGAGGAGUGGCGAGUCAUCAGGACCGAACACGGACGCGGAUGCUGGCCAGACACACACCCAAGAGACCGGCAUAGCUGAACCUGCUAGUGCACAGGACAGCUCCGAUCACGGAGACGACCAACUUGGCUGUUCCAUUUGCACAGAAGACUUUAAUGUUGGCGAGGAUGUGCGAGUCCUGCCUUGUAAUCACCAGUUCCACCCAGGCUGUGUCGAUCCAUGGCUAGUUAAUGUCUCUGGCACCUGUCCUCUCUGCCGCUACGAUCUUCAGCCUGGCCGCCAUGCGGGAGCGCUGGCAGCCGAUCCCUCGCUCGAGCUGCCACCGCCCCUGGCACUCGAGGCCGAGGACAACGAGUCGACAGCAUCAUCCUCGCGCCACAGGGCAUCGCGCCUGUUUGAUUUGCACCGGCUGCGGCAUGUGUCUCCGCAGGAGCGCAUCGCGGCGCUCCGUGAGAUGCGACGGCGGCAUGACGCACCACACGACGAGGAUGGGGAGGCGCAUGGCGAGGCUCCCAGCGACGGGGCCGAACAGGGCGAGGAAAGCGGACGCGCCACGCGCUUGGCUGCGAAACUGCGCGACAAGUUCCGCAUCCGGACCAGGGCUCAGACAUGA